CACGAGCAUAGUAGAGGAAGCGGAAGUAGAUACCGGCGGAGCUGGCGGCGGGAGGCAUGUUGGGUUUUUCCUUGCUGACCUUCGGUUACCAUGGGUAUACCAGUCUUCAUACUUGCUGGUCUCCUUGUGCAUUUUGUCUUCAUGGCCUCUAUUUUUGACAUCUACUUCAGCUCCCCUCUGGUUCAUGGUAUGACUCCUCAGCAAACUCCACUGCCACCUCCAGCAAAGCGCCUGGUACUCUUUGUUGCUGAUGGUCUGCGGGCAGAUUCUCUGUUUGAAUUGAACAGCAACAAUACUCCCCAAGCACCUUACCUGCGUGCUAUUCUGGAGAAUAAUGGCAGCUGGGGCAUCUCUCACACCCGAGUCCCAACAGAAUCCAGACCAGGGCAUGUUGCACUGAUAGCUGGGUUUUAUGAAGAUGUCAGUGCAGUUGCUAAAGGAUGGAAGGAAAAUCCAGUGGAAUUUGACUCAGUUUUCAAUGAAAGCAAAUACACGUGGAGCUGGGGAAGCCCAGAUAUUUUGCCAAUGUUUGCAAAAGGUGCUACUGGAGAUCAUGUUUAUACAUUUUGUUACACAGCUGAAAGUGAAGACUUUGGAGCACAAGAUGCAGCUAAACUUGAUACCUGGGUAUUUGAUCAUGUUAAGAGCUUCUUUAAUUCUUCCAGAAGUAAUCAAACAUUGUUCUCUGCACUAAAUGAAGAAAAAGUGGUCCUGUUCUUGCAUUUGCUCGGCAUAGAUACGAAUGGACAUGCUCAUCGGCCGUACUCAAAGGCAUACAAGGAGAAUAUUAGAAAAGUUGAUGAGGGGGUAAAAGAAGUUGUUUCAAUGCUCGAAAGCUUCUAUGGAAAUGAUGGAAAAACUGCAUAUAUCUUAACUUCUGACCAUGGAAUGACAGAUUGGGGAUCCCAUGGAGCUGGUCAUCCCUCAGAGACUUUAACACCACUGAUUGCCUGGGGUGCUGGAGUGAAUUAUCCACAGGAAGUUACAUCCCAGCUCUUUGAAGACAAUUUUUUGAAAGAAUGGAAGCUGGAGAAUCUGAAGAGAAUGGAUGUCAAUCAGGCUGACAUAGCACCGCUGAUGGCUUCCCUUAUUGGUGUUCCUUUCCCCUUGAAUUCUGUGGGAACCCUGCCUCUGGAAUACCUGAACAAUAGUGAUCAUUUCAAAGCAGAGAGCAUGUUUACCAAUGCUCUUCAGGUUCUCGAGCAAUUUAAGGUUAAAAUGAGUCAGAAAAAGAGAACUACGUUGUCAUUUCUGUUCACACCAUUUAAACCACUUUCUGAUUCUGAACAGAUCAACUUUUUAAAGAAAGCAAGAGAAUAUAUUCAGCAACAAAAGUACAAUGAAGCAGUAUCUCUGUGCAAAACCCUGAUUAACCUUGCUUUGGAAGGCCUGUCGUAUUACCAUACUUAUGACAGGUUAUUCCUGGGCCUAAGCAUUGCAGUAAGUUUUGUGGGAUGGACGACUUACGUGAUUCUGGUGAUUAUUAAGACUCACACCAAUUUGAUUAAGGCUACUCAGGGUAAUAAUAAGGAAUCUACUGGUCCCUUGUAUGGUUUUACAUUUGUUGGGAUGGUAAUAGCUUUUUUCCUGUUGAUUCAAACAAGCCCUUGGACUUACUAUGUAUACUGUCUGUUGCCAGUACCCAUAUGGUAUGCAGUUGUGAGAGAACUUCAUGUUAUUCAACACCCUGCUGCAAAUCUCUGGUCACUUCCUAUUGGUCAGUCUUUGGGCUUCCUGUUGAUUUGUAUACUGGGAAUUGAACUACUAGUUUUCAGCUUUUUCUACCGCUCUACACUUACUGUGGGUCUUCUUGUCUUUGCUGGCUGGCCAAUGAUCACACAGCUGUGGGUUCAAGCAAAGAGAACAACAUUGAUCUGGACUCUUCUGUGUGUGCUCCUGGCAGUAUUUCCUUUAAUGCCUGUUGUAGGAAGAGAACCAAACAUUCCUCUGGUAGUAGCUGCUGGUUUGGUGACACUUCUGAUCUCUUGCUUCUCCUUGGCAUCUUUUUCUAGAAGUAAAAAUAAAUACCAAAGUAAAGAAGAUCUGAAAGUAUAUUUUUAUCAGAUGUUCAGUAUUGCACUUUCAACGUAUGUUGUGAGCAGUACUCAUAACAGUCUUAAAAACAAGCAAGGAUUGCCUGUAUUCAAUCAAAUUAUCAGUUGGACGACUCUAGCUUCUUCCUCUGCAUUGCCAUUACUGAGUCCCACAUUGCUCUUCCAGCGACUGUUCAGCAUACUGCUUUCACUGAUGGCCACCUACCUGCUCCUCAGCACAGGAUACGAAGCUCUAUUUCCACUGGUGCUCUCCGGUUUGAUGUUGGUGUGGAUACAGAUGGAACAAGAAGCAUUGCAGCAUUAUGGUCUUUCACUCAAACCAAAGGGGAGAUGAUUUUAAAGCUUGAGAGAGAAUGGAAUUUACCAAUUUAACGCUGGGUUUCAGAAAUGAAAAUGGGAAUUGCUGUUUGUUUUUACUGUAUAUACUUGAGAUAUUUUAUGUGAGGAUGUUUUGUAGCAUCUGAAUUGCUAAGAGUCAGAAUCUGUGGUGCUUGCCUGCCUGACAGUAUUCUGAUCUUCUAGUUGUUUUUAAGUAAAAUUCUACUAAAGCAAUGUAUUACAUAGAAGACUAGAACAAUGAUGAUCACUUCAUUAAUCAAAAAUCAAAUGAAAAGAAUGUAAGUGAACCAUAAUUAGUGUUUACAUUGUCGCUAUCUGUAUGUCAUCUGACUUUGGGUUCCAAGUGAAAGAAACAGUAAUGCUCUCUCGUUUCCCACUUUUAGAUUAGAAAAAUAAUCUCUCAGAUGUCUGUUAAUACUUAGCCAAAAUAAAUCUUGUGCUUGAGAAUUCAACUCAGCUUUCUGAUGUGAGAUUAAUAUUAAUUAAAAUGUUGACAGCAUUGAAAGUCUGUUAUUUGAAUUUUUUUUCUUUUCCCCUAUGAAAAGGAGUUCACUGGCUUCUAAAACUUCAUGAACGGUUCUCUUUAGGUCAAGUGUUAUUGUGAUGAGAACUAAAGGAGAUGGAGAAUAUUUUAGUAUUCUCAUUCAUAGCGUAAGUCAACUAAGGAUAAUUGCGGUCUUUAUUUCUGUGGGUCUUUUUUCACAUACUCAUGUGAGCACUGAAAGUGAUUGUGUGUAGGAGGAGGAAUAUUUAUGAUGGAAAAAUAUGAUAAAUCUAGGGCAUAGAAGGUUUGUGUUUUUGUGUUGUUUUUUUUUUUUAGCGUAGAUAGCAGUGGAAGCUCCACUGUGUUCAUCUCAUCACCUCAUCUGUAGAGUCUUUCUGGCAGACUCAUUAAAGUAUAAUAAGAGGAAAAAAAGGAAAGGUUGCAGUCCUCAGCGUAACACCACUCCAAUAACAACUGCUAGGGAAUUAGGCUUAUUUCUCAUUUAUUUCAAUAAAACUAUGGUGGGUCUGUCAAAGUACAUCCGUUAUGUUAUGUAUUGAUUUCUCCUG